AUGCAUACCGGCGUGAUGAGCAUCCACAACCCCACCGUAGCAUUCACAACGCCACCCAACUACGCCGCGAGACUCUCCAACCUACUCACUCUCAGCGCCUACACUCCCCUCUGGUGCCCCACGCUCCUAAUCCAACCCACCCCCUCCACCCUCACCUCCUUCCUCUCCCCUCAUUCUCUCCACCUCUUCUCCGCCAUCGCCUUUACCUCCCGAACCGCAAUCCAAGCCUUCCUCCAAGCCGCCACCCCUCUCUCCCACCCUCCGCUCCCUCCUCAGGGCCCCACCUUCACUCUCGCCGCCCUCGGCAAAGACGCUGACCUCAUCGACGCCCAUUUCCUCUCUGCAUUUUGCAGCAACUCCGACAGACUCUGUGUCCUCGUGCCGCCCACCGCCACGCCGAGUGCCCUUGCAGCGGCGCUCGGGGACGGAUGCGGCCGGAAGGUGCUGUGUCCGGUUCCGAGGGUGGUCGGCGUGGAGGAACCGCCGGUGGUGCCGGGUUUCCUCCGGGAGCUCCGAUGCGGUGGUUGGGUCCCGGUUCGAGUGGAGGCUUACGAGACGAGGUGGGCCGGUGCCGGGUGCGCAGAGGGCAUUGUGAAGGCGAGCGAGGAGGAAGGGGGAUUAGAUGCGGUGGUGUUCACCAGUACCGCUGAGGUGGAGGGCCUUCUUAAGAGCUUGAAGGAGUUUGGGCUGGGCUUUGCAGACUUGAGGCGGCGGUGCCCCAGAUUGGUUGUUGCGGCCCAUGGACCCGUUACCGCGGCUGGGGCCCAGAGGCUCGGAGUGGAGGUUGAUGUGGUGAGUUCCAGGUUUGGUAGCUUUGAUGGCGUUAUUGACGUUCUCAACCUCAAAUUCGGAAGGUUUCGAGUUUAG